CCGGUCUAAGUAAGCCCAGAUCCCAUGAAGACCUACUCGAAUGCCGAGUUACUUUACCCUCGGAGUCAUUGGUCGUGAACCCGCGUUGCAUCGUCAACGCUGGGCUCACAUGUCAAUGCAUUGGUGAUUGAAAAGGGUCUUUACUUGAUCGGGCAGUUCGGGUCGUACUCUUUUGAUUGUGAUUGGAAUUGCGAAGCAUCAGUCAGCGAGAGACGAUAGAAAUUCUUGGACUUUGGCAGAGCAGUAGUGGAACCGAUGGCGGAACCGUCCGAGUCUACCCUGUGAUCGAAUUGAAUCUUGUCAUCGUUGACUUUUUGUUCAGGGUCCAUAGAGACUAUCUUAUCUUGCUUGGCUUGCAGCUUUGUCAUCCGCUCAUCGAUCCUCGCAUCAUCCACACCUUACCUAUUCCAUUACCACCUACCAACCAAACCGUGACCUCUCUCACUUCACCCCCGAGCCUCCAAAUAUGCCGGCUCCGUCCCGGCUGGUGGGUGCCCUCUUCCGCAACCUCGCCCGAUCAAGUCGGCGGCCUUUCGCCCUCCCAUUGCCGGCGAGCCAUACCAUCGCAGCCUCUAUUACGACAUCGCCAACACCUCGAUGGCACUCCACGUCCUCGUCCAACUCGUCACAGAAUUUCUCAUCUGUCAACCCCGAUGAGGUCUCACACUUCAAUGCGCUCGCCGCCGACUGGUGGGAUCCUCAUGGCUCCUCCCGGCUACUUCAUCUCAUGAAUCCUUUACGUCAUGACUUCAUCCGCGCUUGUCACCGCACCGAUCCCGAUUCUCCCACUCGAGACCUGACGUUCCUUGAUAUUGGCUGCGGCGGUGGUAUCUUUGCCGAAAGUGCAGCUCGUUUACCGACUACCAGGCAUGUCACUGCUAUCGAUCCCACCCCCGAAGUGCUCGCUGUAGCACGUUCACACGCUCGCAAAGAUCCUGGUCUUCGCUCCAAGCUCCAAUAUCGGCAAACAUCAAUCGAAAAUCUUCCUAUCCCUGCGACACCACAAGAGGCCUAUGAUGUGGUCUCAUUGUUCGAGGUUAUCGAGCAUAUCGAUGCUCCAGGCGCAUUUCUGGAAAAGGUGCGCCCCUUCGUCAAACCUGGGGGAUGGCUUGUUAUGAGCACCAUCGCGCGAACGUGGAUGAGUUGGUUUACCACCAAUUUCAUGGCCGAGGACGUUCUGGGUAUUGUUCCCAAGGGAACACACGACUGGAACAAGUAUCUCAACGAGGAAGAGUUGCGAACUUUCCUCGCCGGUCGAGGCUGGAGCCACCCAAUGGUGCAGGGCGUAAUAUAUAUCCCUGGGCUUGGGUGGAAGCAGGUCGAUGGCAGUGAAAAGGUAGGCAACUACUUCUUCGCUGUACGUAAAUCCGAAGCCUGAUGGGCUCGGUUCAGAUGUGUAUGAUUCAUAUUGCUAUACGGUUACAGAAAAGUUUGGGGUUGCAAAUGAUCAAAUGAAAGUCAAUUGUAAUAUAGUGGAAAAUGAUUGCUUGGCUCACCAGCUGAAAAGCUCUUACUAUUUAAAGUUUUAUCGGAUUGGGGAUUUCUUAACUAUUAAAUUGGCAUGAUUCUCGUCAUGGGAACUUGAUCCUAGUCCACCAUAUUUCGAUUGGUGAGACUAUUUCCUUCUGC